GUGUGAAGCAGCAUCAUCACCACCAUCUGGAUUUAUAACCAAAAAAAAACAUCAUUUUCUGUAUUUUCGUUUAAAAAAAAAAAAAAAAAACCACGUAGAAGGCGGAGGUGGGCGGCGAUGGCGAUGCGGGAGUUAGUCACCGGCGGAGCAGCGUGUGCUGUUCCUGGUUCUUCCUCUUCAUCCAACCCCCUUGGCGCCCUUGCGAACGCUCUCGUCGGCUCUUCUUCAAAGAAUCAGGAGAGGCUGAAGGAGAUUCCUACAUCUACAACUACCGCGUCUUCUCCGGCUAAAUUCUACACUGAGACUGGCGUAGCACUUCCAGGUUCCGAGUUCGAGCAGCCGUUUUUGCAACCAAACGCCCAGGGCUCCGACUUUAUACGUGACUUUCGUUCUGUGAAUGAUAAUGGACUCUCAAACGCGUGGGAGGAGAUACAGCGUCAACCUAACAGUCAGUUUGGAGCUCCACUUCAACCUGCUUUUGAUGGCCCACCUCAGCGUGUGCUAUCAAGAUUUCUUCACUCAUUUGUGGACAGCAGCCGUAGUGGCAUUCCGUUUCAUCCUACUCCUCUUCCACUAUUAGGACUGUCAGACAGUGACAAACAUUGCAUACGUGAUCGUAGCAGCAUUAUGGCAAGGCACUUUUUCCCAGAUGGAAGUGAAGAUUUUAUCAAUGCUCAGGUAAAUGCACUAUUGAGCUCUUUAGAAAUAGAAAAUGAUGUUCGAGCCAAGGGACCUCUGCCUGGGAGAUUUAGGGAGCUGGAGGAUUACUGGAAUGAAUCGCAAGGUGUCCUGAAACCUGGUCCACAUGCAGCAGAAGGAUGGGUUUCUGAAUUCGGUCAACAUAGAGCAGAACUUGGUGAUCCUGAAGCUUGGGCUCACUCAUUUGAACAGCAGCAUGGUGCUAAUGGAUGGGCUUCUGAAUUUGAGCAGACCCAGUUGACAUCAUUGGACCAACUGAGAGGGGCAGGAAUCUCAAACUUGGCUGCAAGAGAGCAGACUCGAAUGCUUGCACAUACACUGGCUCAAAAUAAUGAUCCAAAAUUUCAGAACUCAAAAUUUCUUCAAUUUGUAUCGAAGAUGAGUCGAGGUGAACUUAUUAUUGAUGAUAAUGGGAUUCAGCCAGCAUCUAGUGACUGGGCAACAGAAUAUCAACAACAUCAUAAUGGGGCUAGUUGGGCUAAUGAGUUUGUACACGAAGAGGUUACUGGACCUAAUAGAUGGGCCAAUGAGUUCGCUACUGAACAAGAGCCACAAGGAUCAAUUGAUGAUCAAUGGGUCAAUGAAUUCUCAAAGUUGGAUGUACAAGAUUGGGUGGAAGACUUUGGACGUCAGGUGGGCGAAGGGGCUCUAGGGGAUGGUUCAGCUGAUAAUUGGGCUAAUGCAUAUGAUGAGUUUCUAAAUGAGCAAGUUGCUGCCAAGCAGCAAUCAGAUGCUUCAAGGGGUGUUUAUGUAUUUUCUGAUAUGAACCCCUAUGUUGGUCAUGAAAAUCCCAUGAAAGAAGGUCAAGAGCUGUUUCGGAAAGGGCUUCUGAGUGAAGCUGUACUUGCUUUAGAGGCUGAAGUUAUGAAAAACCCUGACAAUGCUGAAGGAUGGAGGUUGCUUGGAAUAGCCCAUGCAGAGAAUGAUGAUGAUCAACAGGCCAUUGCAGCCAUGAUGCGAGCACAGGAAGCUGAUCCUACAAAUCUGGAGGUGCUUCUUGCCCUUGGUGUGAGCCAUACAAAUGAGUUGGAGCAGGCAGCUGCUUUGAAGUAUUUACAUGGAUGGUUACGACAUCACCCAACGUAUGGGACUCUUGCAUCACAAGAGCUCUCUGAAUCAUUGUAUUAUGCUGAUGUUGCUAGAUUAUUCAAUGAAGCUGCUCAAAUGUCACCUGAGGAUGCUGAUGUCCACAUAGUGCUUGGUGUCCUGUAUAAUUUGUCAAGGGAGUAUGACAAGGCUAUUGCAUCUUUUGAGACAGCUUUGAAACUCAAACCUAAUGACUACUCCCUAUGGAACAAGCUUGGUGCAACUCAAGCGAACAGUGUGCAGAGUGCGGAUGCAAUAUUAGCUUAUCAGCAGGCACUAGAUUUGAAGCCAAAUUAUGUUCGUGCCUGGGCAAACAUGGGUAUCAGCUACGCAAACCAGGUUUUGUUCUCAUGCUUCUCUGUUUUGUACUUGCUGGUGUCUCAUCUGUAUGUGUAUUUGUUAUUAUUUUAUCUUGAAAUAUUUCUGGAAUGGGCAUCGUUAUGAAUGAAUUUUAAUUUAUCACUGGCUUGUAAGCCUUAUGUGGGCCCAAAAACAUCUUAGUGCUACCUAAAUGAAAGGGAAAGAACAUGAUUUGUACAUAAUUGGAUCAUUGACCACAUUGCACAAGUUUUUUUUGGAGGUUCAUGUAGUAAGUUUAUGGAUUGUUUUAAAGUUCAGUUGUUGAAGAUUUUCUAUGCCAUUUUAUAUCAUAACCAAAAUCUACUUGGGAGUGCUCGACAUAGAAUGCAAAAUCAAGCAGCGUGCCCACAUUAUAUACAUUAUAUACACUAGAUUGUUAAAGUCAAUGAGGCUAAUAUAUUUCAUAUUAGAUGUCCAAAAUAAUAGGACAUAAGAUGGAAUGAAAACCAAUUGCUCCUAAAGGUGCUGGAGAGUGGGUACAAAGAGAAGGAAUUCAUUGCUAGAAGAUUACAAAAAGAAAGCAACUAACUUCUC